UCCCAUAAUGCACUCCCCGAUCACCAGCGGGAAACCAAAAUGGCGAACUUGCUCGGGGAAAAUGAACCGUUUGUUAUUUUCUGAGGAAGCCACAAACCCCGCAUGUUUUCCAGACACGCUUUGGAAGUGAAUUCAGUUGCUCGAGGAGCGGGAUAAGAGCGGCUCUUCUGUCCGGUUAUUUUUGUCGUACGAGUCGUUUGUAGAAGCGGAGGUGACCGAAUGAGAGACUCAGGGGUUGUGGAUCACCUGUCUGUGCAUCACAGAGCUCAUCCCCCGCAGCGGCAGCAGCAGGCUGUGUCCUUGUCCCCCACAAGCCUUUCUGCCAGGGGAGAGUAUGGAGAAGACAGCAUGUCUGAUAGGUUUUCAGAGGGACAGGAUGUCCUGGCCCGGUGGUCAGAUGGCCUUUUCUACUUGGGGACAAUCGCAAAGAUAGAUCGGGACAAGCACCGAUGUUUUGUGGUUUUUGAGGAUCGGUCAAAGUCUUGGGUUCUUUGGAAGGAUAUUCAAACAGGGGAAGAAGAUGAUGAGGAUGACGACGACGAUGACAUUGUCUGCUCCAUAUGCCAGGACGAAACUUCAGAGGAACCCAAUGAGAUUGUCAUUUGUGACAAAUGUGGACAAGGCUACCACCAGCGGUGUCACUCCCCUGUCAUCGAUGCUGCUGUCAUCGACUCUGAUGACAAGUGGCUUUGCUCAGAGUGCGAGCUCACUUCUCUAUCUAAGACGGGUGGUCCGCACAGAAGAGGAGCGUCUGCUAAAGGCUUUUUGCAGCAGGAACAGCAGGAGCCGCAGCACAUGGAGCUACACCUGUCCUUCCCAUAUGUGCUGGAGGAGCUGGUGUGGGACCACGGCCACAAAACCAACAUCCAGCAGUGCUACUGCUACUGUGGCGGUCCAGGAGACUGGUACCUGAAGAUGCUGCAGUGCAACAUGUGUCAGCAAUGGUUCCAUGAAGCCUGUCUUCAUUGCUUACAGAUGCCAAUGCUCUACGGAGAUAGGUUUUAUGUGUUUGUUUGUUCCGUUUGCAACGGUGGACCGGAGUACCUCAGCCGUCUGCCUCUCAGCUGGAAGGAUGUCGCACACCUGAGCCUCUACAACCUGAGUGUGAUCCACAAGAAGAAGUACUUUGACUCAGAAAUGGACCUGAUGGUGUACAUCAAUGAUAACUGGGAGCUGCUGCAGCUGGGGGAGCUCGCCAACACUCCACGAUCAGAGCGAUAUGAAAAUGUUCUGGAGGCGCUUAACAAUAAUAGCUGCAUGUUCAUGUCAGGAAAGGAGGUGAAGAAAAAGAAGCACUUGUUUGGCCUGAGGAUCCGUUUUCCUCCUGUUCCCCCCAACUGUGACGAGCCAACCAGCAGAGCGAUGGAGAAGGCUUCACAUGAGAUAACCAUCAAGGGAUGCAAGUCCACUAAAGCACUGUCCGCCAUCAGAAGUCCCAGUGCUCUCACCAAUGGCACAGAGAAGAAGAAGAAAAAGAAGAAGAGAAAGAGGAAGCAAGGAGCACGCUCUCUGGAGACUCUGGCUAAACCACAACGCUCCAGUGAGCCCUUGUCCCAGGAAAUCAGGAGACCUCCACCGUUAGAGCCCCAUGCAUUGGAUCACUUUACAUCUGUCAAGAGUGACGGGUCUCUGCUGUCUUUAAAAACUUCAGAUGUGGAAUCCAUUGGUACCCUGAGCACUUCAGAAACUACCUCAACUAGCAUUUCAAGACAGUCCAGCCUCUGCAGCUCCAACAAGACACGUACAGCAGCCCCUGUCAUGCCUGUUUCCCCCCACCUUUAAAAC